UAAAUGUGUGUGUAUCACCAUUACGUUUGGUUAUAACUUUAAGUUUUAGUUUAGUGCAGUUUUAGCUACUGUGUAUUAGUUAGUUGGAAUACCAAAGUAUGCAUUUUCUGAAAAUAAACAUGUAACUGGAUAUCAGAACAGGGCGGCUUUAUAAUACGUGUUUACAUGUACCUCAGCAUAAUCACAGCUGUUACGAUGCGAUUUUGAUUGCGGAUUGAAAAGUGAAGACAGGGGAAGAAAAACAUGGCGCACGCGCUGAAAUGUGGUCCUUGCUCGUUCGAGGAUGUUACAGUUGAUCCAAAACAUUUCUGUGUGGACUGUCUUGAAUAUCUGUGCACGGCGUGUGCACGAGAACAUCGAAGACACAAAACAUUACGUGAGCAUAAAUUACUCGGAGAGACGGAACUGCCACAAGACGCAACAUUAUUUGAAGAAAUGAAAAAAUUGUCGCAUUGCUCCAUACACGAUGACAUUGAACUUGACCAGUAUUGUAAAAAUCAUAAUGUUUUGAUAUGCCUGCAUUGUCUGAAAAACGACCACAGAUUGUGUGAAGAUCGGAUAGACCUUACAAAAUUGUUGGAAAAUGAAUAUGCGUCUGAAAAUGUACGUGAACGAAUCUUUGAGCUCCAGAGAAAGUGUCAAGUACAACUGAACGAAACGAUGGAAUUAUCAGAGGUUGCAAAUACCAAUAGCAAAGAAGUAGAGCAGCAUAUCAAUACUUUAGUUGAUACCUUGACGAAGAACGUUCAAAAUCUAGAGAAGAAGUUAAAUGAAGAGCGCGAACGAUUAAUAUCGCCUGUGACGGAGUCUGUUAGACUUUCUAUGCAAACACUGUUAAGUAUCGAAAAGAAAGCUAUACAUUAUGCGAACCUAUUCGAUGUAGCGUCAACGUUUGGUACGAUGAAACAUAAUGUAGUCUUCCAUUUCUUGGUGUCAAUGUUGAUGAAAGAAUUAGAAGCAGAUGAUUUACUGAAGAAGAAUUCAACUUCAAAGAUAAAAUGUGUACAAGCAAUCAGCAGUGAAGAGAUUGUAAACAUGAUGGGUCAAUUCAGUCUAGCGUCAGCAUGUUCGGACGAACAAGGCUCGGAAUUAUGCAGUGAAGAAGCAUCAGAAGAAGAUUCAGUGAGGUUCCCUCCUCCUAAAACACGAACUGUAGCAACACAAGAGGAAGAACUGGUAGAUUCACAAACAUAAAAUGAAGAUAUUGUAUAAUAAUGUAAAAUUAUUGCUUUGUGAAUGUCCUAAAAGGGACGAUGAAUUCCCUCCAGUUAUUGGUUUAGAUGUAUUAACGGACGGCAGAAUACUAUUACUUCAUGCACGUAUGAUAAAGGUAUAUUCAUUGAAACUGGUAUUGGUUUCGAAGUUAACUUUCGAUGUCAAUAACUAUGCUAAAGAUAUGUGUGUUCUGGAAGAAAAGCAAGACGGCGUGUUUACGGUCGCAAUUUGUUUUUACAGUUAUUUUGAAAACAAAAUUACAUUGAUGGAAUAUACUGACGGAUUUUGUGAGAAAUACACUUUUAAGUGUAGUCACUACAUUAACAGCAUGACAUUGCUUGGUCAUCAUUUGUUAGUAGUUGGAUCAGGUCCAGUCCAGUUGCUUGACAUCUCUACUGGUCACGUGUGUUAUGCCUUUGACGAGAAAAUGUGGGCACGCAACGGAUCAAAAAUAAGUACGACCAUAAAAAGAGUCAGAGCUUGUAAAGCAACUAAUAAAAUUGCACUAGCCUGCAGUGACACAGUUUACAGAGUAAACAUAGAAGAUGGCGCAUGUCAAAAAGACACACUGCAUGCAGUAUGUCCGUUUGUUUGGAGAUACCAACAAAGUCGUGACAGACCGGAAAUAAAAGAAAACGAAGAUGUUAAUUGUGAUUCGCAAGGGAACAUGUAUAUUGCAAAUAAGUGCGGUGUGUAUCAAUUUUGUCUAGAGGAUGGUAUAAUCAACGAGAGACUUCUGAUAACAAUCCGUGAAAAUUGUACAGCAAUAGCAAUAGAUGAACAAAGGAACAGGAUAGUAGUUGCUUGGUCGAAUUCAAAUCGUAUAUACGUGUACGAGUACGAACAACCAGCUGCAGAAUAGAACGUGCUUAAGUCAGUCGUGAUGUUCGUUAUAUUUAUGAAAAACUAGACUGACUGUUGUUAGUGAUCUGCAUUCGGCUGGUGUUUUGACCAGAUAACAAGUCAGUAGACUACAACAGAAAAAAAAGUUAUAUGCGAAGAAACUUAUACCUUAAAAUUGCUCUCAAGAUCAGUUUUAAUCAGUGUUAAUAUAAUAUAUUAUCCGAGGAAUUUAAUUUUUUGAUAGCUUAUACUCGAGUUCAUGUACUUUGUGAAUAUAUCAGAUACAUUUGUGCAUGUAUAUAAAAAUGUAUCCGCCGUUUCAAUUAACUUUUGGAUAACCUUGUAAACAUGAUUAUACUUUACUAUAUUUAUCUUUCUUAUGUAUAAUAACUUUUGGAUACUAUACAACAUGUAUAAAUAUUAUCAUUUUUUUGUAUUUAGUGCGAUGAAACGUUAUCGUAUUUAUUUAAGUUGUUAAAACUUCAACUUGUAAAAUUACAUUAUAAAGUAUAUAAUACCUUUUUAUGUCCCCCAGUCUAUACUGGGGACAUAUUGUUUUUGCCCUGUCUGUUUGUUUGUUGGUUUGUUUGCGUCAAACUUUAACAUUGGCCAUAACUAUUGCAAUAUUGAAGAUAGCAACUUGAUAUUUGAUAUGCAUGUGUAUCUCAUGGAGCUGCACAUGUUGAGUGGUGAAAGGUCAAGGUCAUCCUUCAAGGUCAAAGGUCAAAUAUAUGGGGGGACAUAGUGUUUCACAAACACAUCUUGUUAUAUGUGUAUCUAGUGCAUUAUUCCAACUCAUUUAUCUUGUGAAAUCUCUAGUAAAUGUAUAUGACAUUUCAUUUAUGUAACUAGUGCAUGCAAUGCUAUCCAACUCGUGUAUCGUUUUAAUACCCUAGAAUAUGCAUACGCCACUCAAAGUGUGUAUGUAGUGCAUUAACAUUUAAUACGAUUUAUUCAACCUUUGAAUACUACUCAAUUGUUUGUGAAUGUCCGUAUUUAAUUUGUUUGAUCACUGAGGCUAUAUAAGGCUGUCAAACUAACUUUCGUGGAAUGAUAGUAUUGAUAAUGAAAAGUGCUAUGUACAAGAACCGUAAUAUUGCGCGUAAUACGUUUUUUAAUGUAUUUCCGUUUUUGUUAAUGCAAAUACAACAUUACAUUUGUUUUGAUUGGAAAAUACUUCUAACACUUGUUAGUCUGCAAUGUGUGUGACAUUAUCGCCCAUAGUUCUCGGUUGUCAAGCGACAUCUCCGACUUGCAGAGUUCUUGUUUAAUACAUUUACAUGUAUUUGUUGUGAGGAAAACAUGAAUAGCCUAAUUGUUAUUUCAAAUAUGUUCAAGUCAAUUAUCAAAACAACAAAACAUAAUUCAUUAAAAAUAACGUAAGGGAACAUCAACGAUAUAAGGAACUAAUUGGAAGCACCUUUUCCACAACAGAAGCGAGAAAUGUGUUCCUUUUAGUUCAAACCUAUUUAUUUUAGCUCGAUUGCAUAGAAAGCCUUAGGCUUAUUUGAAACGCGUUCGAGUCAGUUUCCUGGAACUAGAACUAUUUUUUUUUAGUCGGACUUCAUUGUCUUGACUAGGUAACAUUUGGGAUAUUUACGUACUGUUUUUUAAAUAUAAUAUUCUGUAAAGCUCGUUUGCUGUAACUUUUAAAUAAUAAAAUAUUCAGUUAUAUAUAAAUGUGUUGUAAAUAGAUUGGCAAGACAGAUAUUUAUGUACCAUUACAAAGGAAAUGGUAAACAAUAAAGUUACAUUCGUAUUACAAUGAAAUAACUGUUAAGUUUAAAUAGACAGCUUUAUACAAUGUUUGAUAUUAUUAUACGAAUGAUAUACAUGUAUCUGAUUCAAUGCAUUAGCGACUGUCUGUUCUAGCAGAAAUUGACGACUAAUACGUCAAGUAGGAAAAUUCGACAUGUAGUUCGAGUAUGACUGUACAACAGACAUGCCAAACAUGAAUAUACGUCUAAUAUGCCAAUUAGAAACAUACCGCUGAAAAGCUUGUUAAAAUCUUCCACUGAUAUGCCUUUAUCGUAAUAAAUAAAGUGUAACCAAUGGAAUAAAGAAACUAUGGGCACGUACGCGUGUGUUACCAUCCUUCGGAAAACCAAAAAAAUAUCAGGCUCUUGUCAUAAGAUUUAAAAAAAAGUACAAAAAGAACAACAACAGAAGAAACAAAGUGUUUUCUUUGAUGUAUCCUUUAUCGAACAAAAAUUCAGCUUCACCGAAAAAAAACACAAUUUUCAAUAGCAAGGUGCGACGACGUCUGUGUCAAAUGAAUAUAACAACGCCAUGUUGCAGAUGAGAACAUAAACUUAUCAAACAUAGCCUGCUUCGUAAACAAUUACUUUUACUUGCUUACAAGUAUGAAUUAAAUGUAGUAGAUCAUUUGUAAACGAAAGCAAAUGGGUUCGAAAUAGUUUAUAUUGCUCACUUAAGAAAUGACAAAUAAAAGUGUGAAUACAUAGGUUAAACUAUGUGAAAACGAUAGAUACUUCAUCAUACUCAACUCAUUGUAUAGCAAGCAAUAUGUUAAGAUGGUUAUUACGCAGAGCAGGUUGCAAUUACUAAUAGCUUAAUGCCUAGAGCAAAUAAUGUGAGAUUAAUCCCAUGCCGUUUCUUUACAUAUUCUUAUAGGGGUUCCUUAAGAUUCCAUUUUAACGAGUAGAGAAAGUUGGCACACUUCAUGAGAACCAAUAUGGCAUUCAAACGAGUUUUUUUUUAUAACUUAACACAUAGUCUUAGUUGAACUGAUACAAAAUGUUAAUGCGAAUAAUUCUGUAAGAACAUAGUUAUCAUACUGAUUACACUUUAAAAGGCCUUUUAAACAAGUUUGUAUUCAAUGUUAUCGAAAUUCAAGGUCAAUGUCCUUUCCUAAGUGUGUUUCCUAAGUUUUUCAAAACUAGACACGCCCUUGGGGUCACAUGAUAAAUA